CGGAACUGCAAGCCUGACUGGAUAUACAAACAAGAUAUUAUUUUGUCAAAACGUUUCAAAGACAAGAGAGAGAAAAUGGCGGUUGAGAGUUGCGGUGAAAUCUACGCGCUUCCCGAGGAUUGCAUAGCCAACGCGCUGUCGCUAACAAGCCCUAAGGAUGCCUGCCGGCUAUCGGCCGUCGCUUCCACUUUCCGCUCCGCCUGCGAAUCCGACACCGUCUGGGAUCGAUUCCUGCCGUCCGAUUAUCGUGACAUCAUCUCCCGCGCAGUCGACGGCCCCGAUUCGCUGCUCGCUGAUAUUCAUUCGAAGAAGGACCUUUAUAUCCACCUCUGCGAUCAUCCCCUUCUAAUCGACGGUGGCGGCAAGAGCUUCUCGUUGGAGAAAUUGAGUGGAAGGAAAUGCUUCAUGCUAGCUGCAAAAGAGCUCUCCAUUGUGUGGGGUGAUUCCCCCGAGUAUUGGCGAUGGAUCUCUCUUCCUGAGUCUAGGUUUGCUGAGGUGGCAGAGCUUCUUAACGUAUGCUGGUUCGAAAUGCACGGAAAAAUUAGCACCAAAAUGCUAUCUCCACGCACGAACUACGCAGCGUACCUCGUGUUCAGCUGCAAAUCAAGAACCUACGGAUUCGAGCACCAACCCGCAGAAGCUUCUAUUGCUGCAGGUGGGUACGAGAGUGAAAAACGCACGAUUUGUUUGGAUCCAGAAGGUGAACAGAGGCAGAGGUAUCAGAUAGUACCGAGGCAUAUUGGGUCGAUGUAUCGUCGUUUUCUUGGCGCAAGAAGACAGCAAGAUGAUGUGCCUACGGAGCGGAAAACAGAGUACCCUAAACAGAGGAGCGAUGGAUGGAUGGAAGUUGAGUUGGGCGAGUAUUUUGUGAAGGAAGGGCAAGAUUGUGAUUUGAAGGUGAGUUUGAUGGAAGUUAAUGGUGGAAAUUGGAAGAGUGGUCUUAUAAUUCAGGGGUUCGAGAUUAGACCUAAAGAGUGUGAAGAUAAUUAAGUAUGUCGUCUUUUAAGAGGUUUCGAAUCUCGACUGGUCGAAGAAGCUUUACUUUGGCGUGUAGUUGUGCUUCCUUUGAGUUAUAUUAGUAAUAGUAUGUAAUUUAUCAUUUUCGUUUUUUUUUUCCUUAUCUUUGCCGGUAAUGCAAAGACGGGCGUUGUGCAGAUUGUUUCCGUUUUCUCGUUAAGAUUUUGAGCUGAUUGCUCUUGUAGUACUUGUGGACUUCAAAUCUUGGUAUAUAGUUUUAUUCUAGCAUGACACCAGUUUUGUACUAUGGAUGUAUUUUUUUUUCAUCUAUGUU